CACACGUUCAGCCUAGAACUUAGGGUAACGGCCGCUGAGCUCUGGGCCUUAAGUGGACGUUGCUCCCGCGAACACGCUUCCUGAAUAAGUAUGUACGUUGUUCCGUCUCUUUUGGGAAUUCGAAAUUUGACGCCUCCCAAUCGCUCAUUUCGAUGUCGAGUACAUUCCCAUAGCCUUUUACGUCUGGGUUCCACUCUUCAUGAUGCUCACACUCUCUAAGCCAGCGAAGUGGGAUUUCGACGUCAAAACCCAUGACUACCCUCCACCCUUCUCAACCUCCACCAUUCGACAUUCACCACAGCUCAACGGCGGGCCAUCGCCUUCCCAUUCGGCUGGGCCCAACUACGCCAUGAGCACAUCUCAUCGCGGACUCCCUCCGCCGUCGGCAAUGACAUUGCCGGAUCCGGGACGUGGUGCUCCACCAAUACAGUCCUCCAUGGGAUCGUCUUCACUGGGCGCAUUACCUCCAGCACCAAGCCAAUGGCAAGGCUCUGAAGAUGGCAUGAAGAAUUGGCUAGCCGCUAAAGCUGAAGAGGAGAAAAGAAAGCAAGAAGAAGAGAAGACUCGUCAAGAAAACCUGAAGUUGGAGCAGCGAAAGAUCGAGCAUUCGAUGCUCCGGGAGUCUAUGCAAGGAGGAGUUCCGCCACAUCUUGUCCCUAUAAUAUUCGCGGGUAUUGGGGGUGGAAACCUUGCCAACAUCAGUGCCGAAUGGAUUCAACAGUACACUGUACAAGUGCAGCAGGCGCAGCAACAGGCGCAGGCGCAAGCACAGCUGUCUCCCGAACUAAGACGAGAGACACGGUUAUUGGGUCAACAGCCACAGACCGUAUAUGCUGGACAGCCUCCCGUGUCCCAAACGAUUCUACCGCCAACUGCAGUGCUGCCUGGCCAGCCCCUCUCAACACAACCACAGCAGACGUACGUUAGCGAUAGAGCGGCACCGGCUCCUGGACACUCUGGUCAGCUACCGUCAGCUACUCGUCCUCUCCACCAGUCCCAAUUGCCGAAGCUCACAACGAACGAGAUGCACAUCCAGCAACCGCCGACUACACAAUCCCAAAUGCAUCAAAAUCAGAAUGCACAGGAACAAUCUUCACCUUCCAUCUACUUCCACCAUUGGGUUCCUCCGACAUCGCAACAGGAGAAGAAUACAAGCGGCCAUCCGCCAGCGACGCCCUCAGGUAAAUACAAAUCUUCGCCCUCUACCUCAUACCAAUCCCGUCAACGUGCGACGUCUCAUGCGUCUGACCGUGAGUACAUCAGCUCCCCCAAGAAGCGGAAGGCCCAAGGCGCUCACGCAGCGCCACCGCCCCCAACAUCGGCACCACAAUCAUACACAUCACCGUCCUUCUCGCAUGUAUCGACGUCAUCGACAUCAACGCCCGGACGAGGAGGACAUGCACGAGCCCGUUCAGAUGCAUCUGCACGAGGUACAGAGGGUUCUGUGAGCCGCCGUGGGACGGUAUCCGGUCUAGCGCAUGAGACACGACAGAGUGACAUGCAAGAACCUCAGAGAGCGCCAGAAGGGCGACCUUCGCACGGUCCAGAUGUGCCGUACGGCACUCCACCACUCCGGAAUGAGACGCGAAGCUACGUUCAGCAAUCUCCAGCACCAAAUGCCGGAUCGGGUCCGCCUGAAACACCAACAUACGGCAUGCAUCAGCAAUGGAAUCGCGGAUAUCACACGUCUCCCAAACGGGAAGCUGAUCAUUAGGCCGAAAAUUAGAGUUUGGCAUUUCAGGCGGUUUUUGCAACCGCCCACGCCCCGUUUUUUUUCUUACGGACAAAAAUCAAGAUCACGCGAGUUGCGGUAGGAACGGCAUUCGUUGCACGUCAUCUGAAGGGAAGGACGCCACAGCCAAUCUUGAGUUUGC